UGAAUGUUUUUCAGGAAUCGAUGCAACAAGAUGAUUCACAUUUAUCCCUUGAUUUGAUGACCACACAAGAAAUUAGAGAACCAAAUGUUGAGGAGAGUAUAAAGAGUACAUCAUCAUCAACAGCACCACUUAUUUAUAAUACUGAGUACAGUACCGAUUCUACUGAUACUGACAGUAAAGUAUCUAUUACUUUUGCUGUUAGCAACACUGCUGCUGAUGUUAAUGCCAAUAUUGCUGCUAAUAUUACUGAUACUAGUGCUAUGCCUAUUGUUGAUCAACCUGUUGUGUAUGAUAAAGUUACUGGGGAUAUUAAUAAGAGAGGUGGUAUCACUGUUAAUACAUCUGAUGAAAUGUUAACUAAUUUUGGUUCUGCCAUUCCUCCUCCUUCAUAUGCUGCUACCAUUGCACAAGAAUACAGCACUACUGUGAGCAGUCCUCAAUUUAUAGUACCAGUACAAGUUACUGAUGCUGCUGCUGCUGUGGUUCAUGGACAAUAUGAAAAAAUUCCACCAAAAAACAUUGAAGAUAUUAAUACUUCAGUAGAAGAUGAUACUUGCUCUACUGAUGCUGAAAUUGUGCAGCCAAAUGCAACAUCAGUUCCUUUAGAAAAGGCUGAUGUAGAUGAUCGUACAGGAUCUAUUACUAAUAUUACUAUUACUAAUAUUACUAAUAACAGAUUCUCACCUGUUCACUUUCCAACAGAAAAUUCCUUUGUUAAUGAGUCACUGAGUAUUGAAGAGAAACCAGGAGCACUUGUAACAGGCAUUAUGUUAAAUAUUUCUACUGAAGUGGCUGCUACAAGUUGUGAAGUAAUAACAAGUAAUGAAUACAAUACACCGAAUGUUUUUGAAGAUAAUUCAGAUCAUGAAAAUCAUGGGGUACCAGAAGUAAUGCCAAGCACUUGUAAUAAAGUAAACUUACUAACACAAAUUCUUCGUUAUUUUUUGUAGUGGUGUGAGCAAUCCUUGUUGUGUUGUUGUGUUGUGUGUCCAUAUACCAGUAUAUAUAUAAUGCACCAAAAUCUUUUACUUUAUGUAAUGUAUAUGUAUUCAAUCUUUUUGUUGAUUACUGAAUGCAUAAAAGUUGGUUUUUAUAUAAUUGAUCAUACAACAAGUUUUAUAAUGCUA